AUGUUAUUAAAGUUUUUACGUCUUAUUAAAAGCACACAUCAUGCACAAUUUAUUAGUCCAUUGAUUUUGUAUAAAUAUUUUUCAGCAACAGUUCUAGUAAAACACUCAAAAUUUUAUGACAACAAUGCAAUUAAACACAAAAAUUUACUAUGUAUCAUACCGUUAGCAAAUUCAUCAACAUCUAGUGUUAAUAAUUCCUCCUCAACAUCAAUAAUCAAUGAUGAAGAUCUGUCUUUGAACAAAUACGAAACAAUUGUUAACGAGACACUUGAAUCAUUAACUGAAAAAUUUGAAUAUAUUAUCGAUAAAUAUAAAUUAUCAACAGAUUACGAUGUAACGUACAGUAACGGUGUGUUAACCGUUGAUCUUGGACAAAAUGGAACAUACGUGGUUAAUAAACAAACACCAAAUCGACAAAUAUGGUUAUCGUCACCACGUAGUGGUCCAAGACGAUAUGACUAUAUACAAAACCAAUGGUUAUACAAACACGAUCACAUAACGCUACAUGAAUUAUUAACAAAUGAAAUAUCAGAAAUAUUCCACGAUAAAAUUGAUUUUCACGAUUGUUCGUACGGAAAAAAGAAAUAA